CAACAGAAUAUGCUAGGUGACCAAGAAGGUGACGAACAAUUUUAAAAUUUUACUCUACAGUCAAUCGUUUUGACCAGGAGCAAGAGCAAACUGCUUUAACAACCGCCGAAUGUUGCCAAAUACAAAAGUAUCAGGGAAGCAGCAAGACAGUUCAUCUUAACUUUAACAUUCAAUUAAAUUAUAGUGUUGAGAAAUUGUGACAGUAUUGUUUCAUAAGUAAAUUUCGCAUUAUUGUCUCCCUUUAUUAUACAAUAACAAUGAACACUUUUGUAGAAUUCAUUUUAUUACACUGAAGCACGAGACACAUUUUAUGAGCAACAAAAUCAUCGGCGAGCGUCGUCGACCAUCGACUGACUACAGGUGCACAAAGCAUAAAAUAGAAAUCAAAUAAACUUAUUACUCAAACAAAUUUUGUGGAAGGCGCGUGCGUACACAAUUAAGGUUUUUCUUAGUAAAAAUGCAAAUGUUAUCUUCAACAAAAUUUGAGCACACUGCUGAGCAGUUGGACAAAAUCCAGGAAUUGUACAAUUUAGUGGAGUCUUCCAAUGAGUUGGAUAUAAGCGCCGAUGAUAUUCUGCUUUCCAAAUUCCUGACAUUUUCUGAAUGGCAAGUUGAACGCGCUUAUGAAGCCAUCAAUAGGUAUUACAACUUUAAACUACAUAAUCCCGAAUGGGUAGCACAUCACGAGGUACAUUACUUUCGGGAUCAUUUUUAUAAAACACUCAACAAAUACAUUAUGCCUAAGCCAGACAAAGACGGGCGUGUGAUUUUUGUGUCGAAAACAGUCGAUGCAUUUAAAACAUUCCCUAAUUAUAUGUACGACAUUAUAGAAAUGGAUGAUUUAAUAUUCGAAUCGGUUUUACUAUUGCCACAAGUGCAAAAAUAUGGAAUCACUGUUAUUAGUGACUUAAGUGGUACCAACAAACGAUUUUUGCGUUUUGCCUCCCCUGCCAUGGCCAAAAUGGUGAAUGCCAAAAAUGAUGUCAUGCCGUUUACAUCACGUAUUGUACAUGUCAUACAGAAAGGCAUGUUUUUGAAUGCCACAACCAAUUUGAUGAUGUCCUUUGCUAGUAAAGAGUUCAAAGACCGUAUACACAUUCACGAUGGCAAGAAUUUUGACAAACUGCGAAACAUGGUGGGGUAUGAAAAUUUACCGGCGGAGUAUGGUGGCCCCAAAGAAAAUGAGCUGGAUGUAAACAUAUUAUACGAACACUUGUUGAGGCACUCGACAUAUCUCUCGAAACUCCAAAAUUACAGAAGAAAAUUUGUAAAUUGAAUGUUAAUAUAUUGUAGUUUAUUAAGCUAGGUAUUAAGUGGUCAUCAGGAUUCAAUACUAAUUUCAACUCCUUUAUAGUGUUUUAUAGUUUAAAUUGUGGUUUCGUAAAAAAUAAAAUAAUAAUAAUAA